UAUCAAUUAGUAUAAUAUUCAUUUAAAAAUGAGUUCGAAGAAGGGCAAACGUAAUUUAGGCAAUAAGCACUUUCCGAUCGCUGAAUCUGUGAGCAUAGCGCUGAAGAUCCAGCUUGAUAAGUUUCUUAGUGAUGAAAAUGAGACUGAACUGAAGUUUCCAUCGUUCCUGUCUGCUCAAGAACGAGGGUUCAUCCACGAGACUGUUGCUAAGUUGGGACUGAAGUCUAAAUCGCGUGGGAAAGGUGUGAACCGGUUCUUAACAAUAUACAAACGGUUAGGGUCAACAAUUAUCCAGAAUGAUGCUACACUCAUAUUGGACACUAGCAUGCGAUCUAGUAUUGCGGAGCUGUUUACCGCAUUCCCCAUUACAAGCAAGGAGAAGGAUGACUUGAACACCUGCCCAGAAAAGGAGCGGAGCCCACAGCUAGCCCAUAAAUCUCUGGGACAGUUGAACAAUGGUGUGCCACAGAUCCCAAACACAUUCUACAACCCAGACCUAAUGAAGUUCAGAGAGAAGUUGCCGGUUUAUGAACACAGGCAGGAUCUCAUUAACGCUAUAUUACACAACCAGGUGAUAAUAGUAGCGGGCGCGACCGGCUGCGGCAAGACCACUCAGCUGCCCCAACUGGUGCUGGACCACUUCCAGGAGGAACAGGAGCCAGCCAGGAUCUACUGCACGCAGCCGCGACGGAUCUCCGCCGUCUCCGUCGCGGAGAGGGUAGCGUACGAGCGUAUGGAGAAGAUAGGUCAGUCUAUCGGGUACCAGAUCCGGCUCGAGUCCCGCGUCAGUCCUCGCACGGUGCUCACGUACUGCACCAACGGAGUACUUCUACGUACUCUCAUGGGCGGAGAUACCGCACUUACUGGCGUGACGCACGUGAUGGUGGACGAGGUGCACGAGCGGGACAAGUUCAGCGACUUCCUGCUCAUCGCGUUACGCGACGCACUCCUCCGGCUCAAGGACCUCAAACUGGUGCUCAUGUCCGCCACCAUGGACACGCUCAUAUUCUCCAGGUAUUUCGGCAACUGUCCCGUGGUAACCAUACCCGGGCGGCUGUUCGAGGUGCAACGCUACUACCUCGAAGACAUCCUGAAGAUGACCAAGUAUAACACCAAGAGGAUGAUGCAAAUCGAAAUGGAGUUGAAGUCGAAACUGAAGAGUGGCCAGAGCUUCUGGUCACAAUUGGAAGGUCAGAAGCUAGCGCAAGAGGGGAGCGGUAAAGAUGAGAAACAGACGGAUAUAGACCCUGCGUUACAAGCCGACAUGGAUGAGUUUCUUGAUGAAUGCUUCAAUGAAGGCAGUCUGGACUCGUUCAGCCAGAUCCUAUACAUGUUCCUGUCGGAGGGCGUGCCCGUGCACUACGCGCAUGCGCGCUGCGGCCGCACCGCACUCAUGGCGGCGGCGGCGCGCGGCCUGUGCAACACCGCGCAGCAGAUCCUGCGCAUCGGCGCAGAUCCAUCUAUCAAAGAUAAAAGUGGCAAAUCGGCUUACGAUCACGCCGUGGAUAACGGACACACAGAGUGCGCCGAACUGUUAGCUACAUUCAACAACACAGAGGAACCCAAGAGCAACCAAGAAGAUGACAACGCUGCAGACAACUUCCUUCUAGACGUUUAUAAUCAUGCCGUCUCAGAAGAGGUCAUAGACCAUGAUCUCAUGCUCACCCUAGUGAAGCACAUUCACUUGAAUAUGCCCAAAGGAAGCAUACUAGUCUUCCUUCCGGGGUAUGACGACAUCGUCACCCUAAAAGAUUUAAUCCAAGGAUGUACAGAAAUGACAGUGAUGAAAUAUCAAAUAUUCACUCUGCACAGCAACAUGCAAACUAUGGACCAGAAAAAGGUGUUCAAUCCUCUGCCGAACGCCAGGAAAAUAAUCAUAUCCACAAACAUAGCGGAGACAUCUAUCACCAUUGACGAUGUAGUUUACGUGAUAGACUCUUGCAAGGUCAAGGAGAAAUACUACGAGUCGAAUGGCGGUGUUUGCUCUUUACAAUGUGUUUGGACUUCGAGGGCGUGCUGCCAGCAAAGGGCGGGUCGAGCGGGCAGAACCAAGCCUGGGCAUUGUUUCCAUAUGUGCUCCAAAAGGAGAUUUAAAACGCUACCAUUGAAUUCCGUGCCAGAAAUUUUGAGAGUUCCUCUACAAGAGUUAUGCCUUCAUACCAAAUUGCUGUCGCCAGGAAACACUCCCAUAGCCGACUUCCUGUGUAAAGCAUUAGAACCGCCAUCUUUUUUGGCAGUACGCAACGCCGUGUCGUUAUUAAAAACAAUCGGUGCUUUAACUCCCAUGGAAGAUUUGACUGAAAUUGGGCAGCAUUUGCUAGACUUGACUGUGGAACCGAAGUUAGGUAAAAUGUUGCUUUAUGCUUGCGUCAUGAAAUGUUUAGAUCCUAUAUUGACGAUUGUAUGCAGUUUGGCGAACAAAGAACCUUUUCAAAUAUCAAUGAACCCGGAGAACAGAAAGAAAGGAGGUUUAGCGCGGAAGGAAUUUGCGGCGGACAGUCAUUCCGAUCAUAUGGCAUUAUUGAGAGCUUUCCAAGCCUGGCAAUGUGCCAGGCAGAAUGGCACAGAGCGGUCAUUUUGCGCCAAAAAUUUAAUAUGCGGAGCUACCAUGGAAAUGAUAGUAGGUUAUCGUUCCCAACUUUUAGCACAGCUUCGAGCGUUAUGCCUAGUCAAAGCAAGAGGGACCGGUGAUAUAAAAGACGUGAAUGUGAACUCGGAAAAGUGGCAUGUAGUAAAAGCUGUUCUGGUUAGUGGACUGUAUCCUUCAAUAGCACGCGUAGACCGCGAUUCUUGCACAUUAAGGACGUCUAAGGAAGUAAAAGUGGCUUUCCAUCCCAGUUCGACAUUACACUGUGGAGGUGGAAUUUCUGGAUCACUAAAAUCCGUCCAAAAUUUACCAACAGAUUGGGUUGUCUUUGAGGAAAUAUCUCGGGUUGGGCGAUUUUGUUUCAUCCGAUGCACCACAUUGGUGACUCCUUUGACAGUCGCUUUAUUCGGCGGUCCAAUAAGACUUCCACCUGGAGCGUUAACUCAAAGAGCUAACCCUCCUGGGUUGUCAAGCGACUCAGACAGUGAGGCUGAAGAGAACAACGCUUCCCCGGAUACAGCAGUGUUAACUUUAGAUGAUUGGAUGGCUUUUACAGCAGACGCGUCUGACGCAAUAAGCGUGUAUUAUUUACGGCAAAAACUCUGCGCUUUAGUCAUCCGAAGGAUGUCUAACCCAGCCAAACCCAUGAGUCAACUCGACGAUCAAAUCCUAAAUACCGUUGUCCACGUUUUAGGGGUUGAGGAAAAGAAUGUAGGACUAAAUCAGCCCAGUGGAAUCGGCCAGCGACCAAAGCCACUUACGGUCGACUCCCCAAAUUGGCGUAUGAGAUUGGACGAAGAACAAUACCGACAGGAGCAUAAAUACUAUCCUCAAUAUUGUCAAGGCGAUUUCCCUAAUAACCACCACCAUAACAACUAUUAUCAGAACAGGAACGGGCAAAGGCCUGGAUGGAGGAACGAUGGGAUGCCCCAAGGAUUCUCCCCACAAGCAUACAAUGGCCCCAAAAGUCCCAUGUCCCCGAAUGGGAAGACUCUAUUGGCGAACAUAGAGAAGUACGCGGAAAACAAUGAGGGUAGUACGAGAUAUUUUGUGGUGAAAACCGAUGAUUUGCACAGCGUGGAGGCGGCUCAAAAUGGCACCAGCUUUCCCUUCACGCAAAACACAGGGAAGAAGUUGCAGAAAAUCAAGCAGGACGGCCAUCGCGUGGUGGUGUUCUUCUCUUGUGCGAACGCGUCAAAGUUCGCGGGCGCGGCUUCUCUGACCGAUGCGAAUGGAAGCCUCGAGUUCAUUUCUACGCAACAUGUGCCUUACCACGUGGUCAGGCACAUAGCCAACUCGCUGGGCGGCGGGGGCCGGGUGGCGGGCGCCCGCGAUGGCACGGAGCUGUGCGGCCCGGCCGCCCGAGCGCUGCUCGCAGCUUUGGCGCCGCGGCGCAGGCAUCCGCACCAGCCGCACCAACCGCACCAGCCGCACCAGACUCAGCAACCGCAGCCGCACCAGUCUCACCAACCGCAGCCGCACCAGUCUCACCAACCGCAGCCGCACCAGUCUCACCCACCGCAGCCGCAUCAGUCUCACCCACCGCAGCCGCACCAGUCUCACCAACCGCAGCCGCACCAGUCUCACCCACCGCAGCCGCACCAGUCUCAUCAAUCGCAGCCGCACCAGGCUCACCAGUCCCACCAGGCCAGGCCAAUACAGAAGCACUCUGGCGAUCUUCAGUGACACGGAUACUCGAGGCGAGCUGCAAGAUACCCAUUCGGCUCGCGACCCUGGUCCCUUAGCUAUUAUGAAUAGAUAUCUAGUAGUCCAUUAUUUCUUACUUGUCAUAAUAUUAUUAAAACAACCUUUUUUUUAAAUUUUUAGAGUGAAGUAUGUUUAAAUACGUUAAACGAGUAUUGCACAUUGUAUCACUCUCGGCUUCCUAAUCGGCCUCGCUUUCAGCUCGCGCGCCUAAUACCGUCUCAACUGUAAAAAGCAAUAUACAAUACGUGUUUCAUACGAUGAUAAUCAUCACACUUAAAGCAAAAAACAGGCUAAAUAUAAUUUGUGAUUUUUUAAAAUCUUAAUUUGACGUUAA